AAAAAGUUGCCCAAAUUUGCAAAACUGACUCGGUUUAAAAAUCCGAAUUUCGAUGACACAACACUGGAUGACCUUAACUCCACUAAGAAGUGAGAAAGCAGUGAAAAUGAGGUCGCAUGUCUUCAGUAUUUUCACCUGAACGGUUAGUGCAUUCAAAGCAACAAACGCGACAAAAUGCUUUAAGAGUAAAAGUAAGAGUGCAUUUUUGUUAUAAUUUUAUAAGGCAAUCAGGUGUUUAAAUUCAAAACACGUCGUUUUUAACCAUGGUGGCGACUUCAAAGUUUCCACAAGCGGCAAAAAUCGUCAAAAACAUAACCCGAAGUCGCUCCCAAACUGUAACACCAGCUUUUUGCCCACACUUGGAAAACCUGAACGAGGCUAAACCGUACUCGGAGAUACCGGGGCCCAAACCUAUACCAAUUUUGGGCAACACCUGGCGACUUCUACCAAUCAUUGGCCAAUACGACGUUUCGGACGUAGCUAAACUUUCGGAACUUUUUUACAAAGAGUAUGGAAAAAUUGUCAAAUUGUCUGGGCUUGUUGGACGCCCGGAUUUACUAUUUAUUUACGACGCAAACGAGAUUGAAAAAAUCUACAGACAGGAAGGACCUACACCUUUCAGGCCCUCGAUGCCUUGCUUGGUGAGGUACAAAAGCGUGGUCAGGAAGGACUUUUUCGGCGAUGUUGGCGGAGUCGUUGGGGUACACGGUGAACCUUGGAGGAGGUUUCGAAGCACCGUUCAAAAGCCGAUUCUCCAGGUCCAGACUGUUAAAAAAUACAUUGAACCGAUUGAAAACGUUACGAACUAUUUUAUCCAAAGGAUGAUGGAGAUGCAAAAUGAUGACCAGGAAAUGCCAUCAGAUUUUGACAACGAAAUUCACAAAUGGGCUCUUGAAUGUAUAGGGAGGGUGUCUCUAGACGCACGUUUGGGGUGCUUAGACCCCAACUUACCCCCGGAUUCCGAGCCCCAAAAAAUCAUCGAAGCGGCGAAAUACGCGUUACGAAAUGUGGCAAUUUUGGAACUAAAAUUUCCAUUUUGGCGCUAUUUCCCGACUUCACUCUGGACGAGAUACGUCCAAAAUAUGGAUUAUUUCGUAGAAAUAUGCAUGAAACACAUAGACGCAGCAAUGGAACGGCUCAAAUCAAAAACAGUUCUCGACGAAAAAGACCUUUCCUUAGUCGAGAGGAUUUUGGCCAAUGAACCCGACCCAAAAACUGCAUACAUUCUAGCCUUGGAUUUAAUUUUAGUUGGAAUUGACACUAUUUCAAUGGCCGUUUGCUCGAUUCUUUACCAACUUGCGACGAGACCGGAACAGCAGGAAAAAAUGUAUCAGGAAUUGAAGCGAGUCAUGCCGGACCCUAACACUCCUUUAAACACGAAAUUGUUGGAUCAGAUGGACUUUUUAAAGGCUUUCGUUAAAGAGGUUUUGAGAGUUUAUUCGACGGUGAUUGGAAACGGACGGACUUUACAGCAAGAUACCAUAAUUCACGGAUAUAGGAUUCCGAAAGGAGUUCAAGUGGUUUUUCCGACUCUCAUAACCGGAAGCAUGGAGGAGUUCGUGAGUCAGUCUAAUGAAUUUAUUCCGGAACGUUGGAUGAAAAAAUCAUCAAGUGAUUAUAAAAUCCAUCCAUUUGCGUCGUUACCGUACGGAUACGGAGCUAGGAUGUGUCUAGGAAGACGAUUUGCGGAUUUAGAAAUUCAAGUCCUUCUAGCUAAGCUGAUACGAUCAUACAAGCUGGAGUACCACCACGAACCGUUAGAAUAUAAAGUCACUUUCAUGUAUGCACCAGAUGGGCCACUGCGUUUUAAAGUAAUCAAACGAGAGGAGUAAUAAAUUAACUAAAAACUUUUUGGUCCAAACAAAUUGUAACUCAACACACUUUUUGUAAAAAUAUUUAUUUAUGAAACUGUGAAAUAAACUUUUAGAAACAA